AUGACCGAAAACGCUAUUUUAAUAAAACAAGGAGCUGAAGCUCGAGUAUACACUACACCUUUCUUGACUAAAAAAGCCAUUAUUAAAGAAAGGUUUGGAAAAGCUUAUCGUCAUCCUAUUCUUGAUAAGAAACUUACAGCUAGAAGAAUUACUCAGGCAAGAGUGGAUACUCCUGUGUUAUAUUUUGUGGAUAUGGAAAAUAAUAAAAUAUAUAUGGAAUUUAUUGAAGGAAAAGUUGUUAAAGAUUUAAUAUUAGAAAAUAAAGAAAUUAAGAAAGCAGAAAAAAUUGGAAUAGCAAUAGCAAGAAUGCAUUCAGUUGAUGUUAUUCAUGGAGAUUUAACUACUUCAAAUCUUUUAUUGAGAGAUUCUAAUAAAUCUUUGGUGGUUAUUGAUUUUGGAUUAAGUUAUAUAUCAUCAUUACCAGAAGAUAAAGCUGUGGAUUUAUAUGUAUUGGAAAGAGCUUUUUUAAGUACACAUCCAAAUUUUGAAAAUAUGUUUGCAGAAAUUUUAGAAGCUUAUGCUAAAAAUUAUAAAGCUUCCAAAGAAAUUUUAGCAAAAUUUGCAGAUGUUCGUCUACGAGGACGUAAAAGAAAUAUGGUUGGAUAA